CGCUUCCUAUUGGCUGUGAGGAGGGGAGUGGCACGGCCGUGGACGGGACCAUUGCGGAGCCGCAGCGCGGGGGGGGGUCCGGUUGGCUCCGCCGGGCUCCGCUCGGCGCCCAUCGGCCGGGAUGGACCUGGGGCCGCUGCGGAAGAGCUACCGGGGGGACGAGGAGGCCUUCGAGGAGCAGCACUUGGCCUCCCGUGACCCCAUCGAGCAGUUCCGAGCGUGGUUCGAGGAGGCCGCGAGCUGCCCGGACAUCGGGGAGCCCAAUGCCAUGUGCCUGGCGACCUGCACCAGGGACGGGAAGCCCUCGGCCCGCAUGGUGCUGCUGAAGGGCUUUGGGCAGGAUGGUUUCCGCUUCUUCACCAACCACGAGAGCCGCAAGGGGAAGGAGCUGGAUACGAAUCCAUUUGCAUCCCUGGUCUUCUACUGGGAGCCCCUCAACCGGCAGGUCCGGAUCGAGGGCUUGGUGACGCGGCUGCCGGAGGAGGAAUCGGAGCGGUACUUCCAUUCCCGUCCCAGGAGCAGCCAGAUUGGGGCUGUGGUGAGCCGGCAGAGCACCGUUAUCCCGGACAGGGAGUACCUAAGGAAGAGGAAUGCGGAGCUGGAGGAGCAGUACCGGGAUGCGCCAGUGCCAAAGCCACCAUACUGGGGGGGUUACAUCCUGCACCCGGAUAUGGUGGAGUUCUGGCAGGGGCAGACCAACCGCCUGCACGACCGCAUCGUCUUCCGGCGGCUGCGGGACGGCUCCGAGCCCUUGGGUGCCAUGAGCCACCGCGGCGAGGGCCCUUGGGUCUUCGAACGCUUCUCACCCUGAUGCCAUCACUGUCCCCUUGUCCAUCGGGAGCGUUGUCUGUGUUUAUCCCUUGGGAAUAGGGUCGGAAG